GGCAGGGCUGCGGGGAGGCGGAGCCCGGCCCGGCAAGAUGGCGCCGUCCGCGUUGGUGCGCCCCUUGUCCAAGCUGCUGGCCCCGGCCAGGCUCCCGAGCGGCUCUUCAGCGCGGUCCAAGUUUUACAUUCGGGAGCCGCCGCAUGGCCAACCUGACUGGCUGAAAGUUGGACUGACCUUGGGCACCUCCAUCUUCUUGUGGAUCUAUCUCAUCAAACAACAUAAUGAAGAUGUUUUAGAGUAUAAAAGAAGAAAUGGGUUGGAAUAAACUUUUGAAAUACUAAUAUAGUGUGCUCCAUGUAAGUGAUUAUAGCAGUUCCUCUCGAUUCACCAAUCUGUUGAGUUGUAAAUGUGAAAGAGAAAGUUAUGUGAAUAUAUGUCAGUCAGCAUUUGUUUUGCAUCAUUAAAUUAAAAAAUAAAAAUACUUCUGUAUUCUUCA